AUGUCUUCUCCCCCAGAGCAUUUAGAACCUUCGCAACCCACACAACCACCCCUCACAUACAACUGCACACCCUUCCAAAUCAGCAGUCAGCACGCGGCGGACCUCUAUCAAUCCGGCACCAAACUGUGGACCCCAGAAAAUCUAAAAUCCAUCGAAUCCCAACUAACCUCCUCUCUCACCCUAGCCUUCUUCACCGUCCAGCGUUUAGACGGCAGCAUAGUGCGUUUCCAAAACCCCAUGUUUGGUGUACAGAAACCAAUCUGGAAGCCACGCGUCAAAUUCCAAGAAUACUGGCAUCUAGUCCGCUCUCAACCCGAUGGCCCAGCCGAGAUAUACAAUUGCACCUACCUGAUCGAAUGGAUCAACCAGACGCGGCAGAAUUAUGAAGGGCCUAUUCGAAUUGCCCGGGAACUGCUUGAAAGUGGUCGGAAACGAUGGGAAGAGAGUCAGAUUUGUAGUGCCUUCGUUUCUCGGUUCCGUGGGCUUUUGAUAAAAAGCGAGCAAGAAGAUAGGGCUGCGAAAAAGGUAACAAAGCUGAUAUGCUUUGGGUUAGGUGAUCUGAACUUUAAACCGCAAGAUUGGUGGAGAAUACAGAAUAAUGCGAAAGAGAAGGAGGAGCGGCAGCUGGAGACGAGCUUGAUAGAGGGGUCGGUGAUACAUCACGCCGUUGCAUUGACGAUGGCUAACGUGAUACGCUCUUGUGCCAAACAAGGGGAUGAGAAGUUAAGAUUACUGACCCAAGAUCCACAAUACUCCGCCGAGACAAAAUUAUUGUUGCAGGAGCUUGGAUUUGAGGUCGUGGGAGACCACGGCGCGGGUGGUUUUGCAGAACUUGACGACGAGUCUGUAGUGUUCUCGGCGUUUGCUAAGGCCCCUGUCAACCAGAUUAUUGCAGAUAUCGCACGUCCUGUCGCCAUUAUAUGCCCAAGAAAGACCGGUGCUGAUACUUAUAACCAAUUCUCAAAGCCACAAGCCGACGCAGAAUCCCCACGGACAAGGCAGAUGUGGAAGGAGUACGAUAAUUGGGACUUCCUACCCUUAUCAGAAACUUUGCAGACGGAAGGGUCUCUGGAUAGGUUCGCGAUAUAUACUGGAAUUAAGGGAUAA